UAAUCACAAACAUAAUCAGACUCUCAUUCCGACUUUUUAAUGGCAGAGAGCUCAGUUCCAACAAGUUUAUCUUCAGCUGAUAUGACACCAGAUAAACAAUCAUCACUUAAGCUAUUUGGUUUUUCACUUACUGAUCAUCAAGAGGAAGUUUCAGACAAAUCUGAUGAUUUUGGAGAAAGCAGGAAAUUUGAGUGUCCAUUUUGUCACCGAGUAUUUGGCAAUUCUCAAGCACUAGGGGGGCAUCAAAAUGCACACAAGAGAGAACGCCAAAAAGCUAGGCAAGCCCAGUUUCACAGCCGCCAACGCUUCAUAGCAGCUGCUACGCCUGUUUUAAGCUCCCAUGUUGUAAGGUCGAUGGCGCCUAGGUUUCCUAGAGGGUUCAGUACCAACGGUGCUGCUAAAUUCCUGCCGCAACUGGCUGGUGAUUGUCCAUCAUGUCCACAGCUGCUUCCCACGACUCCUCCGUACCCUACUCGAAUUUUCAUGGGGAAACCAUUGCAUUUUAGAACAGCAGCCCCAGGGUCUACAGAAGUUUCUACCAAAUUACCAAAGGCUGAGAUAGGCAUUGAUCUGCACCUUAAACUCUCUCAUUCCGGUUGUUAGAUAGCCCUUUCCAGUCCACAUAUAUAUAUGUACCAUGAACAUGGAGUUCGAAUAAUCUUCUCUAUCAGCUUUUGUAUUUUCUUUUCGUUCUGUUUAAAUUUGGGGGUGAAAACAUCUCCCACUGUUUGAUCUUUCCUAAUGUUCAAAUAUUAUAAUGGCUUCUAUUAAGUA